AAAAAAAUCUCCAUUUCUUUCGGCCAUAUUUCUGUCUUCAAUUCUCUGUCCGAAAACUUCUUAAGAAUUCAAGAUUUUUUCAUAAUUACUUCAUAUAACAAUGGACGGUCAGACCGACGAUGAAUUAUUACCCACAAAUUCUCACCAUAGCCGCAAUUUUCACUUUUACUCUGACAAGUUUACUGUCAAUUCCGAUGAUGACGACGACAAAAAUGAAGCUAGAAGCAAUACUAACACCAUGAGAUUCAGCCUUGAUGAUGCUUCGUCAAAUCACCAAAAAACCCCUAAAGUUUUCGACCGGUUUUACAACUCAUCCUCAGAUGAGGAUGAGGAUGAUGGCGUCAGCGGAUCAUCGCAAAAUGAUUCUGUUCAGAAACGGCUGGAUUACAUGAUCCAAUUUCUUGAUAGGAAGCUUUCUUCUUCGUCAUCACCGGAUACUAGUAAAAACCAGCCGUUGCCGGAGUUUAUUGGGACCAUUGGGGGGAGUGGAGUGUUUAAGCCGCCGUUGAGAGCCCCGGUGCACCCAGGCCGGCCGCCAAGUCUGGAGAUAAGGCCACACCCAUUGAGAGAAACCCAAGUGGGGUGCUUUUUGAGGAACAUUUUUUGUGUGAAUGAUGACACUGGACCGCAGUUAUGGUCUGGUUCGGAGUGUGGAAUCCGGGUUUGGGAUUUGAAGAAUGAGAUAUAUGGUUAUGGGGCGGAGGAAGGGGAGGAGGAGGGGACGGUGAGGUAUUGUGUGUCUGUACAGUGCCCAGCCACGAUGUGUGUGGUUGGGGAUGCUGGGAAUAGAGUUGUGUGGAGUGGGCAUAAAGACGGGAGGAUUAGGUGUUGGAAGAUGAUGGAUUUUAAUGGAAAUGGGAAUGAUACUGGUAAUAGAAGUGGGUUCAAAGAGGCACUUUCAUGGCAGGCGCAUCGAGGGCCGGUUCUCUCCAUGGCCAUGACAUCUCAUGGGGACUUGUGGUCGGGAUCUGAGGGUGGUGCAAUUAAGAUCUGGCCUUGGGAAGCUAUUGAAAAAUCCCUCACUCUUACAAUUGGAGAAAGGCAUAUGGCUGCUUUACUAGUAGAAAGGUCAUAUAUUGAUCUGAGGAGCCAAGCUGCACUAAGUGGUGUUGGUUCCUGUAAUAACAUGUUCACUUCGGAUGUCAAGUAUAUGAUAUCGGAUCGUUGUGGAGCAAAGGUCUGGAGUGCUGGCUAUAUGUCAUUUGCACUUUGGGAUGCUCGAACAAGGGAAUUACUGAAACUGUUCAACAUAGAUGGUCAGAUUGAAAACAUGUCAUCAAUACAAGAUUCUCUGAUGGAGGAAGAAGUGAGAAUGAAGUUUGUAUCUGGUUUGAAGGAGAAGCCACAAAACUCAUUCAAUUUCUUUCAGCGUUCCCGUAAUGCCAUAUUAGGAGCAGCAGAUGCUGUUCGUCGAGUUGCAGCAAAAGGAGCUUUCGGAGAUGAUAAUCGACGAACUGAAGCAUUGAUCACUACAAUUGAUGGAAUGGUUUGGACUGGAUUCUCAAAUGGAUUACUUGUGCAGUGGGAUGGAAAUGGCAAUCGCUUGCAAGAAUUCCAGUACCAUUCUUUUGCUGUUCAGUGCCUUUGUACAUUUGGGUCGCGAAUAUGGGUAGGUUAUGUAAGUGGGCACAUGCAGGUGUUGGAUCUAACUGGUAAUUUACUUGGAGGAUGGGUGGCUCAUAGCGGUGCGUUGAUAGAUUUAGCUGUUGGGGCUGGUUAUGUUUUCACCUUGGCUAAUCAUGGUGGUAUACGUGGAUGGAGCAUUACUUCUCCUGGACCACUUGAUCAUAUACUGCGUUCAGAGUUGGCUGGGAAGGAGUUCUUGUAUACUAGGCUAGAGAAUUUGAAAAUAUUGGCUGGAACAUGGAAUGUUGGACAAGGAAGAGCAUCUCCCGAUUCCCUUAUAUCAUGGCUAUGUUCUGCAGCUGCAGACAUUGAUAUCGUUGUUGUUGGGUUGCAGGAAGUGGAAAUGGGUGCUGGUUUUCUAGCAGUGUCUGCUGCUAAAGAAACUAUGGGUCUUGAGGGUAGUGCUGCAGGGCAGUGGUGGAUAGACAUGAUAGGAAAAACCUUGGAUGAAGGGGCGACUUUUUCACGUGUUGGCUCCAGACAGUUAGCAGGCUUGCUAAUUGCUGUGUGGGUUAGAGUCAAUAUUCGAGGCCAUGUUGGAGAUAUUGAUGUUGCAGCAGUUCCUUGCGGUCUGGGGCGUGCUAUCGGUAAUAAGGGAGCCGUUGGUUUGAGAAUGAGAGUGUAUGAUCGGGUAAUGUGCUUUGUGAACUGUCACUUUGCUGCACACUUAGAGGCUGUUAGCCGCCGAAAUGCUGAUUUUGACCAUGUAUAUCAAACAAUGGUCUUUAGUCGACCGUCUAACCUUUUUAAUGCUGCUGCUGGUAUGGUGCGAUACCUAUUGUUAUGUUGCUUGCUUGCCUGCUCAAUGUAUUUAUUACCGCUUGUUUAUAGUUCGUGCUUGCCCUUGGUCCUUUCUGUUGCAGCAGGCGUAUCAUCUACGAUUCAUAUGCUACGCAGUACAAAUGCUAUGGCUAUUAAUCCCGUCGAUGGGAUACCAGAGCUUUCUGAGGUGGACAUGGUUGUAUUCCUGGGAGACUUCAACUAUCGACUUGACGGCAUAACUUAUGAUGAAGCGAGGGAUUUUGUUUCUCAAAGAUGCUUUGACUGGCUUAGAGAGAGAGAUCAGUUACGAGCAGAAAUGAAAGCUGGAAAUGUCUUCCAAGGGAUGCGGGAAGCUAUUAUCAGAUUUCCUCCAACAUACAAAUUUGAGAGACACCAAGCUGGUUUAGCAGGGUAUGAUUCUGGUGAAAAGAAGCGAACUCCUGCCUGGUGUGACAGAAUUUUGUAUCGUGAUAGCCGUUCAGCUUCAGUAUCUGCAUCCAGCUUGGACUGUCCUGUAGUAUCUUCAAUUUUGCUGUAUGAAGCUUGCAUGGAUGUGACAGAUAGUGACCACAAGCCUGUCCGUUGCAUUUUCAAUGUGGAGGUUGCCCGAGUCGAUGAGUCAGUGAGAAGACAAGAGUUUGGUGAAAUAGUUAAAUCAAACAAGAAAAUCAAACAUCUGCUUGAAGAAUUAUCCGAAGUUCCAGAAUCAAUUGUUAGCACAAACAAUAUAAUCCUACAGAAUCAGGAUACAUCUGUAUUGCGCAUCUCAAAUAAAUCUGGGGAAGACGUAGCUCUGUUUGAAAUAAUUUGUGAAGGUCAGUCCACCAUCAAUGAGGAUGGACAAGCAUUCGAUCAUUGUGCAAGAGGUUCUUUUGGCUUCCCCAGGUGGCUUCAGAUCAAUCCGGCAACAGGAAUAAUCAAACCGGGUCAUAUUGCUGAGAUUUCAGUCUGCCAUGAGGAAUACCAAACACUGGAGGAAUUUGUGGAUGGUGUACCACAAAACUGUUGGUGUGAAGAUGCCAGGGACAAGGAAGUCAUUUUGGUGGUUAAAAUACACGGGAACUUCUCAACAAAGACGAUAGAUCACCGUGUUCGUGUACGCUACAGCAUUUCUGGCAAGCUCAUGCCUAUGGAUACUAAAUCCAAACGCUCCAAUCGCCUCCAAGCAAAUGUCCUUCACCGGUCUGAUAUUCAAAGGCUCAGCAGUUCCUGUGAUGUAGUUGACCACUUAAGAUAUUUACAUACCCCUUGAAGCACGAUGUUCGGCCCCAUAAUUCCUAUUUUGAUAAUUACAUUGGUAUACGACGCUCCUGAGUCCUGAUUGUGAGCAUCUUGAUAUAAUCUACGUACUUGUGGAAUGUGGAUACAGUUGCGUGCUUUUCUCCAGAAGUGCAUAUUCUUUGAACAUGCAGUAUGAAUCAUUCUUAUUUUUAAGUUUUAUUUUCUUCUGAAAUUUUGUGUAUAGAACAGUCAAGGAAGUGUGAUGAUGAGGGAAGAGAAGUGUUUUAGUUUUCUCCUGUCCUUCAAGUUUGAUUUUUCUGUUUUCUCGCCCAUUGGGUAUAAAAUAAACUUGUAAAGCGUAAAAUUCUUGAGUUUCAGUUGCAUGCCCCUUUUUUGAGUCUUGUAUGUAUAGGUGGAUAAUAUCAUUAAAGUAUAGCGUUUAAGUCA